GUGAAUUUUUAAAAGGGAACCUGACCGAUCUGGAUCGUACAAACCUAGGCAGGAGGAGCUUGGCCAACAAAACUAGAGGGUAAGCAGGAGAGCCAUGGAAUCUGUGUUGCUCAAUCCUUAGCAAACAAGAUGCGGGCAGGGCUCGUCUUUGGCUUAACCUAAGUGGACCAUUCCUGGAAGCUUCCAUGGUGAACGCCAGAAUGGAGCACUCCGGACCACCCCACAGUUCAGACCUUAUGGACUUCCUGGCGAAUUACGGAAGAGGUGAACUGAGCUGUGAAACUGGAGGUAGUUUGGGGGAGGCCCGGGACCUGCCUCUGUAUUCUGAAACUCUCCAAAAUGAAAUGGUGCCUCCCUCUUCCCUCUUAUGCCUUGAGAACUUAGAUUUCUUGCAGGGGACCUUGGAGGGAGCCAGCAGCGAUCCUGAAACACCUGCUGAGAAAUCCUUUCCAGCAUUAGCUUCAGAUCUCACUGCAGGGCCUCUUCCAGGUUCACAGAGCACAGACAUCUUCUCUGAGAAAGUGGAGCCGCCCCAGAGAGAAGCCCUUCACUUGGAAAACUUGAAAAAUCAGGAGACAAGCAGCAAUGAUGCCACCCAGGCAAUCUUCUGGGCCGGCAUUCUUCAAGCCCAGAUGUGUGUCAUGGACCUUCAAGGCGAGAUCGACAGGCAGAAGGAGCCAGAGACGAUCCCGUGUCUUAGCCCCGAGCAGAUGCCAGAAACACCUGCCUCUCAGGACUUGACGGAAUCCUAUGAGCUUUUGCUCCUGGACAGUGAUAGUGAGGAGUCAGAGGAGUUAUCAGAGAGACUGGAGGAUCAGGAAGGCUCCUCUGAGGAGGAAGACGAGGACGAGGAGGUGGAAUACUUGUUUUACAACAAUCCACUCUUUCAAGAGAGUCCUCACCCAACAAGAACCACCUUUGAAGAACAAACCUUGGGGGGCCAUCCGGAGGGAAGGGCUUGGGUGGAAGAUGAGGAGGGAAUACUGGACAAUGGGCUGGUAUCUGAAAAACAGGAUGGUGUCCUAUUUCACCAAACAAGUGUUGCAAUAAGUCCUGAGGCUCCGGACUCUCCCUCUCUACCUGAGCUGACCUCAUGCCCUAUCCCAACCUACAUGCCUCAUUACCGCUCCUUCUCCCCUUUAGUGAUCACAGAAGGGGAUAAUGAAAGCGAUGGCCCUGCAGCAGAGAACGUAGAGGACCAAGGAUGCUUUGCAGACCAGCAGGCUGAUUCCCACCCUGGAAGUGUUUCGGUUCCAGGUGCAACACAAGCCACGGAUUCGUCGGGUGAAGGCUUACUGUUUUCGGACUCCAACGCCUCCCUUCUGUCCGUUUUGCUGCAAGAACCCAAUGAGAACCACCAGCCCCCGCCUCCUGCAGAGAUCAGCAGGACUCCUCCCGCCGCCCAGAUCUUCUCGGCCCCUGAUGCAGAGCCGAGUCUGCGGCAGGAGACGUUCAAGCCACAAGCGCCCUCCUGCAGCCACCCAGCUCCUUUCUGCGCAUGGGUGGAGGAGCCUGAAAGAACUUCCUGUCUGCAGGAGGACGUCAGUACCAGAGAUUUUCACUUGGUCGCAUCUGAAGGUGUAGACAGGAAGCUAGAAAACUCAGCGGAGGGGCUUGAGAUGGUGGAGGUGCCCACUGUGCGUGGCGAUGAGAUCUUGGAGGAGGAGGAGAAGACGGAGGCUACAGCGACCCCCUGUUGCUCUGAAGAGUCCACUGGGGAACCCAGCAAAACGGGGGAGACGCCGCACGCCAAGGAGCCAGCAGAACCCAAUGGUUUCCUCGUCGUGAACGGCACUUCUGGAGACCGGGCUGCAGCACAGCGGCUGGCAGCCCGGCUCUAUCACUUGGAUGGGUUCAAGAGGACACAGGUGGCUUCAUUUCUCCGGAAGAACAAUGAAUUCAGCCAGAUGGUAUCCGAGGCCUACCUCUCGUUCUUUCAGUUCAGCGGACUGACUCUGGACCAAGCUCUGAGGUUGUUCCUGAAGGCUUUUGUGCUUACAGGGGAGACCCAGGAACGGGAGAGGAUCCUCCGGCAUUUCUCCCAGCGCUAUCACUCGUGCAACCCCGAGGCCUUUCUCACACCUGAUGCUGUGCACACCCUCACCUGUGCCAUCAUGCUCCUCAAUACUGACUUGCACGGGCAGAAUAUUGGCCGGAGCAUGACUUGUCAAGCUUUUGUGGCCAAUCUCGAGGGCAUGAACAACGGCAGCAACUUCCGCAAAGAACAAUUAAAGGUGCUGUAUUAUUCCAUCCGCAAUGAAAAACUGGAAUGGGCUGUGGAUGAGGAAGAGAUGUCCAGCACCCUGAUGCCCCCAUCCACUGGAUCCUUCCGGAAGAAAAGCAAUCCUUUCCUGACUCUGUCCCAUGAUCCUGGGGCUAAAGUGUACCAUCAGGGCUUCCUUACUCGCAAGGUGCACGCUGAAGCGGACGGCAAAAAAGCCCCAUGGGGGAAGAGAGGCUGGAAGACGUUCCACACUGUGCUGAAGGGGAUGGUGCUCUACUUCUUCAAGGAUGAGAACCGGCUUGAUACUCUGAGCUCAGAGGAGCCCAUCGGGGUGCAUCACGCCCUGGCGGAGAGAGCCAGCAAAUACACCAAGCGGCCCAAUGUCUUUCGGCUCCAGACUGCUGACUGGCAUGUCUUCCUCUUCCAAGCACCGACUCCAGAAGAAAUGAAUUCAUGGAUUUCCCGCAUCAACCUUGUGGCUGCCAUGUUCUCCUCCCCACCAUUCCCAGCAGCAGUGGGCUCCCAACGGAAAUUUAUUCGACCGAUCCUCCCAACAGCAACCUGCAAGAACUCCCUGGAGGAUCAGCAACUGGUCCACGAGGACUGGAUGGACAAGGUCUCGGAUGAACUCCUAGACCAUCAGCGGAACCUCCCCGACAAGCGUGGGCGUAGCCGGGACCUGGAGGAGUAUCAUCUCAAGAAGGAGUAUUUGCUGUAUGAGAAACGGCGGUACGAGACGUACGUGAGGCUGCUGGAGGUGAAGCUCAGCAGCGGCACUGAGGAUCUGGACCAGUGGGAGGCACAGCUGCGGAAGGCCAGCGGGGCCGAGGAUGAGAAUCCCGGCCUGAAAAAGUCACACUCCAGCCCCUCCCUGAACGCGGACGGGCCGCCCACCGACAUCAAGGUGAAGAGAAAUAUCUCAGAGCGCAGGACGGUGCGGAAGAUCAUCCCCAGGCGCAACAAGCAUUUGCUGUGACCCUCCCCAAAAAACUUUGCCCUGCCUGAGCCCUUGCUUCAAC